GCUUGAAAGCGACCAGCCUCUUCAGUCUGUGUAGUAGAGGAGGCUCGUCUUCAAACCUUCAACGCUCGGAUGAUGGACUUCCCUUCUUGGACUCAAACGUGCUCAAGCUAAGCGCACUUUGCGGAUUUAAAUGGUGUUACGCUCCACUUUUCGACAGUUUUUCCAACGACUGUGAAGACUUGAGCUGUGACCAAUCUUUUUAUACAGUCUGUGGCUGUGACCGAGGUUUUUUUUUUUUUUUUUUUGCGCUGCAGCUCGUGGAUGGUAAAGGUCUUCUUGUGCCAGCUCGGUGUUCUUCGGUUUUCAGGUUAAACACCUUUAAAACGGGGAGACGGAGGGAAUCUGAAUCUCAUCUAAAUCUAAUCCAAAAUGACUUUUACUAAAUGGCCACUGGUCGGAGCUUAGUGCUGAUUCAUCGAAGAGCACUAUGAGUAGAUGACAACAAGCGGCGUUUAAUCCAGAAAGGAUUCCUCUUCUCUGUGCUAAGAGUCUCUUAACAGAGUGUAAGAACUCUGGGAGUACAAGAAUCAAGUCAAGGACACGUUCACUCCCCCCCUCAGCCUGCAGGAAGAUGGGAGUGAGAAAAUAAAGCUCUGCAGAGUCGAGAGGAGCUUAAUGAAUUCCAAGGAAUUUUAAAACCAACUGCUUUCAUUUGUGUGUCUGCGUGAGAGGAUCAGGCACCAUGUGGACAUUAGCUGCGACUGUCCACUGUCUUCUGACUGCUGCGCUGCUAUUGGCUAGCUGCCUCCAAUCACUGAUGGCCACUGAGGAUGAUGUCACACCGCGCAUCAGUUUCUCUUACAAUGCAAAGGAGAGGUCGGCCAAGAGAUUCUCUGUGGACGGUGUCUUCAAUUACACUUCCUUGCUGCUCAGCCAGGAGGACGACAUGCUAUACGUUGGAGCCAGGGAGGCGCUGUUUGCCCUCAGCCUCUCGGACAUCAGCAAGACCAAGCUCCAGAAGAACCUGACGUGGGGCACUCCUGCUGGAAAAAGAGAAGAAUGCAGCUUCAAAGGGAAGAACCUGGAGACUGAUUGCUUCAAUUACAUCAAAAUCCUCCUGCGGCUGAAUAGCACUCAUCUCUAUGUGUGUGGCACAUAUGCCUUCAGUCCUAUUUGCGCCUACAUAAACACGUCAACGUUCACACUGGAGAGAGAUGAAGUGGGCGAGGUCGUGAUGGAAGAUGGCCGCAGUCGCUGUCCCUUUAAUCCAGAUUACAAAUCCACCGCCAUCAUUGUUGGUGGUGAAUUGUACACUGGUACUGUCAGCAACUUCCAAGGGAAUGAGCCAGUCAUUUACAGGAGUUUGGGUCAGGGAACUGCUCUGAAGACAGAAAACUCUUUAAAAUGGCUGCAAGAUCCCGUCUUUGUCGGUUCAGCUUACAUCGAGGAGAGUCAGCCAAUAGGCAACCCCGUGGGAGACGACGACAAGAUUUACUUCUUCUUUAGCGAGGCGGGAAAGGAAUUCGACUUCUUUGACAACACCAUUGUGUCGAGGAUUGCUCGCGUGUGUAAGGGUGAUGAAGGCGGCGAACGGGUGCUACAGAAGAAAUGGACGACCUUCCUGAAGGCCCAGCUGUUGUGUUCCCUCCCAGAUGACGGCUUUCCCUUCAACAUCAUCCAGGACAUGUUUGUCCUGAAGCCCAUGGGAGACAGCUGGGAGAGCACUGUCUUCUAUGGCGUCUUCACCUCCCAGUGGAAUAAAGGAGCAUCGGGCAGCUCAGCGGUGUGCGCUUUCACCAUGGCACAGGUGGAAAGAGCCUUCAGCGGACGCUACCGAGAGGUCAACAGGGAGACACAGCAGUGGUACACCUACAACCACCCAGUGCCAGAACCACGACCCGGAGCGUGCGUAACCAAUCACGCCAAGCAAAUGGGUAUCAAGUCGUCCUUGCACAUGCCUGAUAAAGUGCUCAACUUUGUCAAGGACCAUUUCCUGAUGGACAGCGUGAUCCGCAGCGCUCCCCUGCUGCUGAAACGCAGCGUGCGCUACACACAGAUCGCUGUGCACAAGAUCCAAGGCAUGGAGAGGGCCUAUGACGUGCUCUUCAUCGGAACAGAUGACGGAAAGCUCCAUAAGGCCAUCAAUGCCAACGAUAAGAUGCACAUCAUAGAGGAGAUAAUACUGUUUCCUGAACCUGUGCAACACAUCGAACUUGAUCCUCAGAGGGGUCUGUUGUUUGUGUCGUCCAACUCUGGGCUGGUGGAAGUUCCUGUGGCCAACUGCUCCAACUACCUAAGUUGUGGAGAGUGUGUGUUGUCCAGAGACCCAUACUGCGCUUGGACCGGGCGGCUGUGUCGGGACGUCAGGAUGGCUCCACCUGACAGUCACUGGCAGCAGGAUGUGGAGGAGGCCGAUACAUCAGCGAUUUGCAACAGGACGUUUCCCAGCACCAGAUCUGCCAGACCAGUAGCUUCUCGUGGCUCCCAAUGCCAACUCAUUACAAUCCCAGUCAACACAUUCAGAGUCCUGCCCUGCAAACUGCGGUCCAACCUGGCACAGAGGAAGUGGCGUUACAGUGACCGCGCCAGCCAGUUCCUCUACGCUACUCCAGAGGGAAACCUGGUAGUGGUGGCACAGGCCGACAGGAUGGAGACCUACGAGUGCUGGUCAGAAGAGGAGGGUUUCCGGCAGCUGUUGGCCAACUACUGUGUGAGGCCGGAGCCCCGCCAGGAAAGCACCACUCUGAUUGGUCACUCGCGCACUCCACACAUUGAGCGAGAGGAGACCAUCAUCCUGCCGGGUGAGUCUCGUUCUGAGCAGGUCCACACGAAGACGUACUGGAACGAACUGAUUGUGGUGUGCGCCCUGCUGGCGUUCUCCCUCGUGGUGUUCUCCUUGUUCAUCAUCUACAGGAACCGCGAUCAUAUGAAGUCCAUGCUGAAACAGGGCGAGUGCCCUAACAUGCAGCAGAAGAAGCCAAGGAUUGUGGGAAAGCCUGCUGAGAGCUUACCCCUAAAUGGUAACACCAUCCCCGUUUCCACUUCUGAUCACAAGGGCUACCAGACAUUAAAUGACAACUACAUCUGCAGCACGCCCACCCACGAGUCCUCGCCAGACAACAGCAAGAGCUUCUCUGAGUCCUCCGACAGGCGGCCGCUUAACUUGAAGGAGAGCCACGUGGAAUACUCCCCAACCUGCCCUCGGCCCAGAGUGAGGCUAGGCUCGGAGAUCAAAGACUCUAUUGUAUGAGAGUACUGUAUUCCCUAAAAAGAUGCCACCCUGUAUCUCCAUGAAGGAUACAGGCCACCGAGCAAAGGAGAGGAGACCCUGACAUCCCUCUUCAUCACAGCACAUCUUUUAUUUUAGUCAUCUUUUGUUCUGUGAUCAGUGCGGAGGUCAUUUCGUUUAACCAUUUCCACUCCGAAGCCAGAGGUUGGUCUGGUGUGCUGCAUAGGGCAGUAAGAGGAGGCAGCACAACAAUUCACUUUCAGCCAGGAACAACAACCAUGGCAGCUGCUCAGAAUAGUUAUAGGCUUUGUUUGAGUCAAUCUCAUGGCCACUAAUGUGUGUGAGUGUGGGGCUGGGCAACAUGAGGAAGAAAAACAUACCACAAUAACCAGAACAUCUUCCAAUAUUAAAUGUAACAUUAAAACUAGUCUAGUUGAUGUUCAUCACACAAUAUAAUAAAAACAAUAAAUUAUGAACAUUGAUAAGGUUUCCCAGCCCUAUGUGAGUAUGCGUAUAACCUUCCACAUGCUCUGCAGAAGAAGGCUGCCACAGAGGCCAUACUUCUGUUUUUACGCACACUAGUCUAGAACCAAGCUGCAGCUACAUGGUGACCAAGAGUUCAGGUUUAGGAGACUAUAAUUACAUGUAUUGCUUAUUCGUUAUGAUCCACACAUUAUGGAAGCAAGUCAGAAGCACAUUUGUUCCCUUUUGCUGAAUAAAUGUCAUGACUGUAGGAGGAUAAAGAUGAUGAAAGAUGAGACUGUCUAGGAGAAGACACCACACACUGUUGGAACAACAAUUGCAAGGACGGUAACUUUAAGAAAGAGAAAUAUUUGCUCAUAAAUUAUGCUCUGGGGCCUGAAUACUGACCUUUACCUCCUUGAAUGUAUGUUGUUCAGAGGUUUAAGUCACACAUCACUGCACCAUGGACAAUUUAGGGAACCCGUUGCUCUACAUCUCUGCUCAUCUGAGACGGCCCAAUUCUACAGUAUUGACAUGCAGGCUCUAAAAUCGAACUGAGACACAGACAAACCCGUUUUUGAGGCCAAUAUGGAAAAGAGACCUAUGUCAGUCAAGUACGGAGAGCCAAGAAAAAAAAGGGGACGUCCACACCUCUACCAUCUUCAGGGCAGCACCAAUAUCAUGUGCACUGUGCCAAGAAAACAACUCGAUUGUCUUAUCGAAAUGCAAUAGUGCCAUUCUGUUAUGACCACUCCCAUACUUUGCGUUAGCAUUGAUCACUGUCGAAGAGCACAUGGUGACAGAACCAGAAGUGUAAGUAAAGUGGCACUAGGAAUAAAUAAAUGUGAAGUGCAAGGUUAGAAAUUUCUCGAAGACUGUUAGCUCAAAAGAUACUUUUCAAACUGUGUUGGGCAAAAUAAUUGACGUUAAUGAAAAAUUUGAACUGGGACCAAAGGAAAUUGCAUGGAGAUUACUUCAUGUUAAAGCUUGUCUUGUGGUUGUCCGGUGAGAAAAUAUUCCAGUUUUCCUUCAGCUACCCUUAAAUCUGCCUUCUAAGUAUACACUGAAACAUACAGGUACAACUAGUGCAAGACUAUUGAGCUUGAUGAGCGCUAACGACACAAACUGUGGUAAAUUUAAGCACUAAUAACUCAAAAUGAAAAGGUCACAGAACAACCAACAAUAACUGUCACUGUAGUGGAGAGAGAUACUAUUUCAUGUUGUCCAGACUGCAGCUGCACUAUGUAGUGAUGUAGUUGCACAGAGCACUGUAUUAGCUCAAUAUAAGCCCCUUCCAGCAGGUUAUGUAUGUAUUUCUUA